ACUGCUUAAAACGGGAAUCGAAACCACGAAGUCGUCACCCAGCUAUAAAAAGUGGAGUAACGCACAGUUAACUGACAGCUAAGGGACACACUAAAGAGAGAACGCAAACAUUUAUUACAGAAUGUGGCGUUUGGCGUUUUUUUGCCUCCUCGGGGCGGUGUCCGUCAGCUGGGCCAGGCCACGCCUUUCUCCGCUGUCUCAGGAGAUGGUCAACUACAUCAACAAGCUUAACACUACAUGGAAGGCUGGUCAUAACUUUCCUAACGUGGACUACAGCUACGUGAAGAGACUGUGUGGGACUCUGCUCAAAGGCCCCAAACUCCCAGUCAUGGUCCAGUAUGCUGGGGAUAUGAAGCUGCCCAAAAACUUUGAUGCUAGGGAGCAGUGGCCUGACUGCCCGACGCUGAAGGAGAUCAGAGACCAGGGUUCCUGUGGCUCGUGCUGGGCUUUUGGAGCUGCUGAAGCAAUCUCUGACAGGACUUGUAUCCAUAGCAACGGCAAAGUGAACGUGGAGAUCUCAGCUCAGGACCUGCUGACCUGCUGCUAUAACUGUGGGAUGGGGUGUAAUGGCGGUUACCCAUCUGCUGCGUGGAACUUCUGGAGCUCUGAAGGACUGGUGUCUGGAGGUCUCUACAACUCCCACAUCGGCUGUCGGCCAUACACCAUUGAGCCAUGUGAGCACCACGUAAACGGUUCUCGUCCCCCGUGCACUGGGGAGGGCGGAGACACGCCCCAGUGCGAGAUGAGGUGCGAGGCGGGCUACUCUCCCUCGUACAAACAGGACAAACAUUUCGGACGGAGCUCAUACAGUGUUGAUGCAGAUGAGCAGCAGAUUAUGAUGGAGAUUUACAAGAAUGGUCCAGUAGAGGGCGCCUUCACCGUCUAUGAAGAUUUUCUCCAGUACAAGAGUGGAGUCUACCAGCAUGUAGGCGGCUCUGCACUCGGAGGCCAUGCCAUCAAGGUCUUGGGGUGGGGAGAGGAAAAUGGCACCCCCUACUGGCUGUGUGCUAACUCCUGGAACACCGACUGGGGUGAUAACGGCUUUUUCAAAAUCCUGAGAGGCCAGGACCAUUGUGGGAUUGAGUCUGAGAUUGUGGCUGGAGUCCCUCAGUAGUGUUAUCUCACUCAGGGAAUUCUCAUGGCAAAAGUCAGUGGAACGAGUGUCCCGGUCUGCCAGCAGACGUCUGAGGGUUGGUUUUUUUUUUUUUUAAGAGUGCAGAUCAUCUGUGGGUUUUUACAUACAAGGCUGACAUACAGUGCUAGGAUCAGAGGAGACAAGCAAAUCAGAUUUUCUGUUUUAAACUAUCAGGGCCUUUUAAGCCCAGUUAUGUGGUUGGUUUUUUUUGCAUAGCCUAUUUGAACAACAGAAUGACAAGCAUGUUUUGCACAGUGUAGCCAUUGUUAGGGUUAUUAGCUGUGCUAUCUGACCCUUACAGUUCUCUUGUGUUGAACUGGAGUUAAAUUUUAGACCACUGCUUAAAUGAUUUUUAGUAACACCACAGUAGGUAAUCCUGCCCUUUUUACAUUAAGCGAUUUGUACUUGGUUGAGUUGUCUUAAGGUCCGGGCAGUGACCCUGUGGUCUUCUGAACUUGACCCUUUUUAACUUCUUAUUGGUGUUUUUGGUCCAUUUUCUUUCACUGUAAUUUGAUUCAUUUUACAAUUUUUUUUUUCCAGAAAUAAUUGUA